AAGAUCAUAAAGCAAAUUGGCCCGAAGCCUCCUGCUCGGAUUUGGCUUAUACGUUGCGAGAUGGAGUGUUAUUAUGCAAUUUAUUAAACACUCUUGAUCAAGGAUGCAUCGAUAUGAAAGAUGUCAACCAAAAGCCACAAUUGGCACAAUUUCUGUGCCUUCGGAACAUCAAGAUCUUCUUGCAGGCCUGCCAUGACAUCUUUGGCUUGAAAGAGAAUGACUUGUUUGAGCCGUCCAUGUUAUUUGACUUGACAGACUUUUAUCGAGUCCUGAACACUUUGUCAAAGCUAUCCAAUUGUUUGAAAGUUCAAAGGAAGAAGAUACAAGGUUUCUCAGUGCACAAGAUUCGCAGUACGUCACAGGAAGAUAUAUACAAAAAUUUAAAUUCAAACAGUGGGGAUGUAUUACCCACUUGCCAGAAUAUUAGUUGGGAAUACAACGAUCGUAGCUGGAUGCAGUUUACAAUCAAAUGUCCACAGUUUGAAGACAAAGAGGAAGAAAUUUAUGAGGAUCUUUGUUACGUUACAUUUUCUUCUUCCCCUCCAGAGGGCCCGUCCACAAUACCACAUAGUUUUGAGAAACGUGACUAUGUUAUAAAGGAACUGGUAGAAACAGAGAAGAAUUAUGUUGAUGUAUUGACAACAUUACAUAGGUGUUUCAUGAGGCAAUUAAACAAUUUGCUCAGGGAAGAGGACAUGAAAGUUAUAUUUGGAGGAAUAAAGGAACUGUCUGAAAUCCACGCAGAUUUUCACAGUCAGUUACGUAAAGCUGUUGCUCUAGGUAGCACUACUCGUCUUAGUGAAGUUUUCCUUAGCUGGAGGGAAAAAUUCCUCAUCUAUGGGGAAUAUUGUGCCAAUCUUACAAAUGCUCAAGCUCUUGUUCAGGACGUGUGUAACCGCAAUGAACUUGUCAAUCAGGAAGUUAUUAGGUGUCAGCAGGAUGCUAAUAAUGGCAAGUUCAAGUUGCGUGAUAUCUUGUCAGUUCCAAUGCAGAGGAUACUGAAAUAUCAUUUACUCCUGGAUAAGCUAAUCAGUGAAACACAACUUAAUCAUGAGGACUACCGGGGGCUAGAGCGAGCCAAAGAAGCCAUGGUAGAUGUUGCUCAGUACAUAAAUGAAGUAAAGCGAGACAGUGACACGUUGCAAAUUAUGCGGUCCAUUCAGGAAAGUAUAAUAGAUUGGGACAUGCCUGAGAAUACUGAAUUGAAAGAUUAUGGUCGUUUGCUCAAGGAUGGGGAGUUACGGAUAAAGGCUCAUGAUGACCAGAAGAUCAAAGUGAGAUAUGUAUUCAUUUUUGAUCAAGUAAUGCUGAUGUGUAAAUCUAUGAGGGGAGACCAAUAUAGUUAUCGAGAGUCUCUUCGUCUGUCAGAGUACAAAGUAGAAGAUGUGAGCAAUCGUCGAGUUGUGAAUAAAGAUACUCGAAUGAGCUUCCAGUGGUAUUUGGUGAAGAGGAAUGAAAUUUCAGCAUAUACUAUGUAUGCUCGCACAGAUGAGCUGAAGCGCAAGUGGAUUAAGGCUAUUCAGGAGGCUCUAGAUAACAUUGAACCAAAUGGCUGCAAGAAAGCAGACCACAAAUUUGUGAUGCACACAUUUGACAAGCCUACAACCUGUAACUACUGCAGCAAAUUUUUAAAAGGAAUGAUUUUUCAGGGUUACAGAUGUGAUAGAUGUUCUAUUGCAUGCCACAAGACAUGCAUUCAGUACUCAGGGCGCUGUGGACAUCCACAGCCUCCUGUUCCACCACCUCGGCCGCCUGUCUACCGUCACCAAAGGCCUACUCAGUCUCCUCCAGACCCUUGGCCAGACCCCAUUCUUGGAGAGUAUUUAUGGUUUGUUGGCGAGAUGGGUCGAGAAAAGGCGACUAAUCUGCUAGACAAACUUGCAGAUGGUACAUACUUGUUACGAAUCCGACCUCAAGGGCCUACCCAUCCAGAUGAGACUGUUUAUGCUCUCAGCUUGAAAACAGAUGACAGGGUGAAACAUAUGAAGGUAUAUGAGAAGCAUAUGGAGGGAGUUCCCCACUAUUACCUAUCAGAAUCACGUUUCUUCAAGAGCAUCAUGGAACUUAUCACCUGUUAUGAACAUGCAAGCUUAAGUGAAAAUUUUGUUGGGUUGGAUGUUAAAUUAAAAUGGCCUUUUCGCCGAAUAAUUGCUGUUGCUGAGUUCGACUUCAACCCAGCUGAGAACAAUCAAUUGCCACUCAAGAAGGGUUGCCAGGUGACUGUGCUUAGCAAAGAGGGUGACUACAAGGGCUGGUGGAAAGGCAAGAUACAGGAUAGGGUUGGUUUCUUCCCAAAGGAGUAUGUUCGUGAGAUAUCUGAUUCAUAUAAUUUUCACAUGGAAUGAAGUGAGCUGAUCCUUUGUGUGUCAUUUUCAUGUUAUGUAUCACUUUGUUUGGCCUGCAAUAGACUGUGAUAUAUCAAGGGCAGGUGAAAUGCUGUGUUCAAGUACAGUAAAAUAUAGGCAGUCCUUGUUGAUUAAACAGGGCAAACCUUGGCUCAAAUGGUUUGAUAUUUUAUUGUGGAGUUAGCUCAAGGACAAGUAUGAUGAUGUUUAAUGUAACUGACUGUAGUGUUGUCUUCACUGUGUAUGGUGUUAGAUGCGUUGUUCUAGUUGCUAUUCGCCAAGAAUAUUUUUACAAUAUUGCCAUAAGUUUUCCUUAUUUUUUUUAAUCCAUGAGAAAUAGUUUUGCAUUUCAUUCUGUAGCAGGUUUAUAGACUGGUUUCUACUGGAUUUUCGUAAUUUUCCUCCUCUUCAUUCCAUCAUUUUAAUAUUCACACAUCAAUAUUGAUACCAAAUAAAUGGACAUUCUUAAAUGUAAGAGAUAGAAAAAUCCAAUAUUCUGCUGUAUUUUGUUCAUUUAGCUGCUUUCUAUGUUUUUUGCAUGUUGUAAUGUACUAGCAGACCCUCAUAAUUUGUUGAGUGUUUUACAAUAAACGUGCAUUGAAGUAGAUAUCAGUGAACUGGGUUUUAUAAUUCUGAUAAAUUAUUUUUUAAGGGCCUGGGGAAAAUAUUUUUACCACAAACCAACUCUAAGAUGUAUAAGCUUGAAAAUGGAUUUUUGAAAACAGAUUUAGAUCCCAGAGUUUUAUGUUCACCAUGAAUCAGUGUUUUACAUCUGAAAUUUCUAGACUGUGUUCCACUUGUUUCCAUACUACUAUACUACUGUAAGGUAUUCUACAUAACUAUGGCAGGGUGUUACAGUACAGGAGCUUCAUCACGAAUUGCUGUUAUAAGAUUGUAAAGUGGACUAGGAAUUAUUGGAGUAUCUUCUAAGUAUGGUAGAUUAAUGUAAAACACGUAGAUGGCUGUUUUCUGAGUUGUAGUAUUGUGUAGUUUAGUAGAAGUUUACUGGAAUUGUAGAGGUACUUUCUGCCACCGUCAUCAGGACAGUCUACCAUCUACUUUGUUGCAUUUGUGUGCUAGUUGAUACAUAUGUAAAUAAUAGCCAUCUUGGGAAGUUCUUGUCUGAUGUGAUAUAAAACAAAGACAAAUAAAUUAUACAAGCAAGUCUAAUUGCGAAAGUGAUUUAACUCACAUAUCUUACUUGGUUUGUGGUGCAUUGUGCAUAUCCAUGUUCACAUUUGUAGUUUUGAAAUGUUAGAUUGUUACAAAAAUAUAUACUCUUGGGUUGUAUAAUUGCUAAUUAACUCUCAGAUAUAUUUUUAAAUUUUUAGAAAAUUAUAAAGAAGAAACAACAAAGUGUUUCUGCUCAUUGUAGUUUUCUGUUGUAGUACUGGUAUAAAGUUUACAAACUUACUGUUUGAACAUGUGUCCAUUGUUAUAUUGUAAUCAUUUCUUUAUAAUUAUAGAUAUUGGGCAUAGUAUUCAAUUUAAUGUUGUGGAUUACCAAGAACUAUAUAAAUUAUUGAUAAAGUCUUGUAAAACCUGUCUGUAACAGAAUCCCAAGGGACUGGAACUUUUUAAUGUUACAGGCAGUUGUUUUAAUACUGGUACAUACUUGUGAAUUAAGAUUAUUGUGUAGUUACAUACCCAUGCAUUUAUUGGUGACGGCAGAAAUUGAUGAUACAUUUUAACAGCAUAUCCCUUUGUUAAAUUUUCAAAUGAAGGAAGCUCCUUAUAUUAAUGUUUUUAAAACAUAAGUAAAGGUAAGAUAGAGCCAUAGAAGAAAAUGUCUGAUCUUUUCUUUGAAUAUUUUCCACCUAUAUGGUUUUUAUCUUUUCAAACAUUCUCCUUGGUAAUGUAUGAAAAACAAUUAUAUUAUGUCAUAAUUUGCACUGUCCUGUGGGUCUUAACCCUUAAUUGAAAAUGAUGUGGCGAUCCAGUUGCCACAGUUUUUCAGACAUCUCCAGCUCACCACAGACUUCCUUAAAAACAAUUCACCGUCUUUUUCAGAAGCUUUCCUCCAGUCAUCUGUUAAAUGCUUAAAAAUCACAUUAACCCCAGUUUUUCUUUCGCAUGUCACUCUACCAUUGGCCAAGGUAUCAAUUGGAAAGCUUUUAGCCUUUGUACUAGGGAACCACUCAUAGAAUGUCAUUGAUGUCUUAAUUUACAGAAGGGGUUCUCAAUGUUUUUCAGAGUUGGGGCCACGUUCAACCUUGCUUAAUGAGUCUGGGCUGAUAGAUUAUGAAUGAGGGCAAUUUAUUGAAAUUUCAUGGCAUUAUAUCAACUCUUUGAAGCCAAGGCUCAUCUAAAUAGUACUUAAGAAUUCUGUCCAUAUUUCAAAGAAUACAUAACACUUUACCAUCACAGGGAUCAAAUGGUUAAUGCCCUGUUUACCCCUGUAUGCAGUGAGAAGCAUAUGCAACUUACUGAUAUACACAGGUUCACACAUUACUCAAUAAUUUUCUCUUUCAAAAUCAAUCUGUAGUGAAAUAUUUUGCAAUGUUUUUACUUCAGUAACCUUUCAGUGUGAUAUUUAAUUUAUUUCUUUGUGAUUCCCAUGCUUCUCUCCAAGUGUUCAUCAGUAAAACGUUUCUUGGUUUAUUUUUAAUUGAGGUGAACAAUUUCUCCCAGUGAAAGGUAUUGCUAGAUACUGGUGACAUAAACAAAAUGUGUUUUCUGAUAUCAGGUAAAUAUUUUUCAUCAUACAGAGUGACACAAUUUUUGUUACAAAGGUAUGCAGGCCACACAAAAUACAUCUGAGGGCUGCAUGUGGGUCAUGGGUUGAGAACCCCUGAUGUACAAUUUUCCUUCAUUUUAAUUUAAUUGAACUGUUAAUAAUACACAACCCAUUCUGUACCUUAGAUAUUGUUUUGAAUGUUUUAUGCACUUAGGGUUUUUCAACAUUGUUAUUAUUUCUUCUUUUUUGCUUGCCUGUGUCUUGAACUUUCGUGUUGAAGUCCUUCAUGAAUCUUUUCUUGGGCCACAUACUAACAGCUAAGUAAAUGAGAAUCCUUGGAUAAUUGUAAGAGAAGUGUGUAGUGUAAUGACUCUGAAAGGGGUAAGGAAAAUGUAGACUGCUAUCUUACAGUUGUUUAUGAUUCAGAAUUGUACUUGAAGAAAUGAAUGGUGACGGUGUUCACAUUUACCUGCCAAGUUGCUGUAUGUGCCAUCCAUCUUGCAUAAAGUUAGGCUACCAAUGGAAACAGCUGUUUAUAUGAAUUUGAAAUUGAAGAUCUAAGAAGUUCCAUGGAGAAAAAUAGUAAAAAAUGAGUAACAGACUUUUUUUUCCCUUUUCCUUUUUGUGUUCAGCAGUUUUGUUUAAUACAGGUGGUUUUAUAAUAUUUUAUAUGCUAAAUUCUCAGGACCAGAGAUAAAUUCUGUUAUAGUCAGGUUCCAUUAUGGUGGAUUUUAUUGUAUAUGGUAGAAGUUACAUAUAAGUUUGAUAAUGUUUAUAUAUUGCUGUUUAUUUGUCCUUAAUAACUGAAUUAUGCAUAACGCCCAGUAAUGUGGAAAGUACACUUCCUAUAAAAAGAAGAGAUAUGAGCAUAAUAAGAUAAGCAUGUAGGAAAUGGAACUAACAGUAUACUUCCCAGUGUUAUGUACUGUGCAGGUUGAAUUUCUUGCAUUACAUAUGUUCCACUGUAUUUUCAGAACAUUGUGUUGUUUAUUGCACAGUUACAAAUUUCCUUCUGCACUUUCUUUUCAUUUCUUGUCUCAUUAAAUUUCCAGUGCUAUUUCAGAAUUGUGCUGCAUAGUGCCAAUAUACAUAUUUAUUACUAUGAUCAAUAGUUUAUACAGUAAUGUUCACUCUUUACAAUAUACUGUACAUCUUAAUUAUAUCAUGUAUUUUGUAUGUGCGUGUACACUUAAUUGUGUAAAGGAAUAGAGUUUAGUAUUAAGGAAA